UUGCCCCAAAAUCUUUUUAAAAGGUUUCCCGUGCUACUGGAGGGAGAAACAAGUGCUGGGAAAACCUCAAUUGUUUGUUAUCUUGGUCGACUAACUGGAAAUGCUAUAGUGCGUAUCAACAAUCAUGAGCACACAGACGUCCAAGAGUAUAUGGGAUCUUAUGUUGGUGACGCUGCUGGACGACUUGUCUUCCAAGAGGGUGCUCUCGUGAAAGCCGUGAGGGACGGUAGCUGGGUGAUCUUAGAUGAACUAAAUCUUGCACCUACGGAUAUCAUCGAGACACUGAACAGGUUACUCGACGACAAUCGUGAAUUGUUUGUGCCUGAAAUGAAUGCAGUGAUUCGUGCUCAUCCACGUUUUCGUCUCUUUGCAACACAAAAUCCUGCUGGAACAUACGGUGGUCGAAAACGGCUCUCUCGUGCACUGAUGUCUCGGUUUGUGGUGCUGAAGUUCGAUCAUUUACCGCUAGACGAACUUUCUUCCAUGGUAUGUGUCCGCUGUGGCGUGCAUCCUUCAGCAGCUACAAGAAUGAUUAAUGUGUUGUCCAAACUUCGACUGAGGCGUUCUAUCAGUGGCCUGUUUUCAGCCAAAGAUGGUCGGUUAACAGCAUAG